UACCCCUUGCCGUUCCGAUAUGUGUAGGGUUCGCUCCACCGACAUGUACAUGCCAGAGAACAAGACAGUACUUUCGCUAGGGAAACAAGGAUGAAGUCAAGAGGUGGUUAGCUAUAGCCUUGCAGAUAUCAAACCACUGGGCAUAAAUUUGGAUGUAACUUUGGUGGAUUUUGUGCAGACAGGAAGCAGCAACCGAACCCUGGUACACAGACAGACCGACAUGUGGUGUCCAGGUAGGAGUAGUGACUUCAGUUAAACAGCGGUUAAAUGAGUUGGAGUGGAAGUUCGGACGAGUUAUCAGUAGACAGCGGGUGUGUAAAGGGGAAAGAUAAGACGAUGUGCUCACGGUUAAACCUGAUCGCGGUCACAUGCUGAAGUGAGAUUCCCAGCCGCCUUAGGUAUUCGAAGAUCUACGGGAGCAACGUUUUGCAUUUCAAUACACUCGACGCUGUAUAUUCAUUUCCUGGGCGAACCGUGUGAAGAUCUGAUUCAGAGACGAGCUUGCCAGUUGGAUAGCGCUCAUAUCAAACCAUGAUCGAACAGACGCCGGAGCGGUUCGCUGAAGUCUUUGGGAAGCCACAAAGAACAGGGCCUAACUUCUGAUGGAACCGUCACUUGCGGCGGAGUCCGGCACUAAGUUAUAGCGUUCGCCAGGAUUUAAUCAAAGAGCCGAGAACGGAAUACUUACGAGCCACUAAAAUGGAUUUCACUGUCUUGCCAAUGGAUUAGGCGUGAUUAAUGCUUCAACAGACUUGGAAUGAUGGCGUUUAACAAACUUUGGGUGGAAAGAUACAGCUUCGUUAGUGAACAAUGCAUGUGUUUGCCUGCGACUUCUCCGAACACGCUUUCUCACUUAUCUGGAUGUGGUUUUCUUUAACUGCUGUUAUUCUUUGUUGUUUGUAUGGAAUAUGUUAGUGACGUUAAGUUUGUGUUUGCGGAUCAGCCUCGCUGUGAUACAAUCUCUGUUUGCCCUUGGCAUUUCCAGCCGGCUGGCACAAUCUUCAGUUUUUACCUUAAGGCAAAUGGCACAGCGGUGAUUACACUGAAUGGAGAAUGAAGGGAAAUUGGACCAACUUCAGCGAUUUAUUCUUUUCCAGUGGUCUGGAAGAAAAUUCGACAGAGCGAACACAGUCUUAUACUUUGGCUGAAAGUGCCUUAAUCGGCCUCUUCCUCGCAAUAAUAAUAUUUACUGCUAUAGUGGGAAAUGUACUAGUGUGCGCAGCCGUGUUUACCGACCGGCAUCUGAAGCGAACCAGUAACUAUUACAUUGUUUCCCUUGGUGUCGCUGAUUUACUGGUUGCGUUGAUGGUGAUGACUUUCGCUGUGGUCAAUGACAUAUCGGGUCGCUGGCACUUUGGUCAGACCUUUUGUUCCAUUUGGAUAUCCUCGGAUGUUAUGUGCUCAACAGCGUCCAUAUUAAACCUGUGUGUGAUUAGCCUAGAUCGGUAUAUACAUAUUCGCGACCCGCUACGCUACGACAGGUGGAUGACCACUCGGAAAGCGGUGCUUAUUAUUCUAGCCGUCUGGUGCUGUUCUGCUCUUAUCUCUUUCUUGCCGAUUCAUUUAAAGUGGCAUAAUCCAAAUGCUGACAUGGACCCCAUAGACCGGGAUGCCUCGAUCUGUGUUUUAAACCUCAGUCCGGUCUACGCCGUUGUCUCUUCCACCAUUAGCUUUAUUAUCCCGUGCAUCGUAAUGCUGUCUAUAUACUUCCGUCUCUAUCGUUACGCCCAGAAGCACGUGCGCAGUAUACGGAAGCAAACAUUCACGCCCGAGCGGGUGUAUGGUACGACAGUGGGUGGCAAGCAGAGCGGUUAUAAGGUGUCCGAUCACAAGGCGGCCGUCACAUUAGGUGUCAUCAUGGGUGUGUUUCUCUUCUGUUGGUUCCCAUUUUUCUGUAUUAAUAUCAUCGCUGCAUUUUGCUCAACGUGUGUGCCCCCGUUACUGUUCAUCGCUUUCACAUGGCUGGGGUACGUCAAUUCUGCUCUUAAUCCUAUCAUAUACAGUAUAUUUAACCAGGAAUUUCGCCACGCUUUUAGAAAGCUGCUUUUCCCAAGAGCGUGUGUAGAGUAUUGCUCACAGCGUAAAAUAAACAAACAGAAGACAAAUUCUAAUGCAAAUAAAAGUCUUCUCGUGACUACGUUUGAAAAAAACGGAUUAUCAAACAACUGCCAGCAAAACAAGGAUAUGGUAACGGAGAAGAUUACGGCAUUAUGACAAAGGCCUGAUAGAGUGGUACAAGAUGUAUUUUGACACUGGGACGAGAGAAGCGUAUUAACUCGGUUCUGAUUAUCUGUUUGUUUGAUAUGUAAGAUAG